AUGCUAACGCUUCUCGAAGCUCUUACGAAGCGAAAUGUUGCGGUCAACUCCCAGGCCGUUGUAGGGGGUUCCAAUACCACCACUGAAACAUAUAUAGAGCCGGGUGGCUGGAGGACGUGGGACGAAUUCAACUACGACACUCUGACCCGAAUCUUCCGGCGGAGGCUUGCUUCGGAGUAUCGUGGCUCCUUGGAACCACGGGCUUUGGAGCUAGAUGUGAUCGUCAAUAAUGAAGAGACCUUGGAAGACCUCCUAAGGCGAUUCAUGAGCCCAUGCGUCAAUUACGCACUGGAGCAUCAGCAGGGUCAUCCACAUCUCGGGCGUGGAAGCCGAUGUGGAUUUGAGGACAGGCCUGACUGGUCAGCGAUCUCGACUGAAUAUAUAACUGAACACGGACAGUUCGCCAACAUUCUCCCGGGAGACACUAAGCUCGACGCCAAGUGGUCGCCUUGGAUGUCUGAGGACAUGGGCAGCUUCAACGAGUGGCAAAAGGUCCUGGCCCAAGAGCUGACAUAUAUGGCUAGAUACCGUACUAGAUACGCCUUCAUCAUCACUGAUGCCAAUCUUGUUGUUCUCAGGAUCACACGCGAGCUUAUUGGCGCUGGCCUAGCCCAAACACGUCCGCGAAGGGAGGCCGCUGUUUUCGUUGGCCAUCAGAGACACAGUUCAGAUGCCACGAUGGGGUCAGGCGGCGGCUCAAGUUCAUUCUACAGUGAUGAUAGCCCGUUGGAAUGGAGCUACCAUGACCCGGAAUACGCCGUCAUUCCCUGGAAUGCGCAUGGAAAAGAGGUUCUUACCAUUAAGCUAGGUCUUUGGUCCUUGAUUAUGAUGGCUACGAGCGGCGACAGAGCGAUCGAUUACUCAUACCCCCCGUUGGAUAGCUGGCGAUACAAUGGCAAGGGAUAUGUUCAUAGCACUUCAGGUGCUACCAAGGCAGAGCUGUCUCAGGGUGAUCAUCUCUUGCUAGAGCCUAAUGACAUGAGCUGGGAGGGGGGCCAGGGCGUCCACGAUAUGCCUCAACCAACCCGCGCUGGUGGCACAUCCGGUGUCGGCCCUUCUCAAGCAUACCAGCUGGAUGAUAUGGAGGCUUCUGUUGAAGGAUCCUCUCGACAGGCCGAUCACGGCCCGGACGAUGGCGACCAAAAGACUGAGGUCGGGUCUUCUCACAGGCACCAAAAGCGCAAGAAGGUCCGAAUCGAAAAGCAUCUGGUCACUAGAAGGCUCUACUAUCUAAACGCCAAUGGAGACAAAGUCGAUACAAGUAGGGUUCAGUGGACCAAGGUAGACGGCGGGUAUGAGUUGAAGGGCCGGAAGAAUGUCUACUUUACAGAACAAUUCCCGCAUUAG